AUGUCAUAUACUCCAUCAAAUGUAAUCGCACUAUUCUUAACAGAAUUUGAUGUUAAAUCCGGCUAUAAAUUAAUUUGGACAAAAUCAACCAUACCAUCAUUUGAUUUCUCGGGAUUAGAUUAUAAAGUAUUACCAUCGGGUAUUCAUGAAUAUAAUCAAUCUACAGUAUUGAUAAGUCAUAAGUUUGAUAAUCAGUUAUAUUAUGGAUUAAGUAGAUUUAGACAAUAUAUUAUUGGUGAUGAUUCUGAUGAUAGAAAUAAUGUAAAGAUGUAUUCUCUUGGGUUGUUAUGUGACCCGGGGAGUAGUGGAAGUGGUGGCAGUAGUGGUAGAUGGAAGCCGAAUGAAUUUAUAAAUAAUGGAUGGGAAUUUGUUGAUGUUUUGGAUAGGAAAUUAUUGAAAUAUAUUCAAGGAAUGAAAUAUAAUGAGGUUGAUAUUUUUGAAAAGUUAUUUGAUGAGUUGACAAAUAGUAAUAAUUUAUUGAAUGUUCCUGGAAGUUCUGGUAUUCCAAAUGUUAAUAAUCAUUUGUUGACGAAAUUACCUCAAUUAUUCAAGACAUUAGGACCAUUGGUAUUUGUAUUAUAUAAACAAAGUUUAUUAAGAAGAAAGAUUCUCUUCUUUAAUCAACAUCAUAUCUUUAAAGACAAUCAAGAUUUAUUACCGGAUGAUGAAUAUGAUUCAUUACUUAACGUAUCGGCAUUUUGUUAUUUAAUUUCAUUAUUAUCAAUCAUCCCUAAAGAUAUUGAAACGGUUGCAAAUACGAAUACUUUAACCUAUUCUCAACCAAUUUAUAAUAUUGGAUUACAUGAUUUAUCAGAUAAUGAAUUAUUAACUCAACAAGCAACAAUAGCAACUACAAAUGAUGAUAUAUUAAAAAAUCAUAAUAUUUAUGAUAUUGGAGUCAUGAUUGAUGAUAAAGUAUCAAUCUUCCCCCAACAACAUUCCAACGACAUUGAACAAUAUAAAAUUCGGGCUACAACUAGAGAUUAUCAUAAAUUUAAACUCAUAUAUCAAGAUCUUCCACUCACCAAUAAAAAAUUCAAAUUCACUAAUCAUACAAAUAUCUCAACUGAUGAUUUAAAUUCUAUAACAACUACCAAUUCUUCUACUAUUCGUGAUUUCGGUGAUCUGUUGCUAGUCAAACCCGAUCAUCCAAUGGGUGAACCAACCUGGUGGAAAACCGAUGCUAUUGAACCCAUAUCAUGGCGAGAAUCAAUCUGGUCGGCAUUUUCAUGGUUUGCAACCGCCGGUUAUCAAACUGAUGAAUCCUUGAGUGGAACUACAACAGCAACAGCUGGUGAUAAGCUCUCCCUAAUUGAUGAAGACCCCCGUCAUACUAGUUUGGAUAAAGUUGAUUUACUCGAUUUAAUCAAUAUCGUGGGAUAUUUCCAUAAAUUAACUAAGAAAUGGUUUUAUUUAAUUAAUGAAAUUGUAUUGGAAGUAUUAGAAGAACAAGUCCCUCAAGGGGAGACGAUUGAAGAAAAUACGUUAUUAACUAGUGUAGGUAUUGAAUUGACAUAUCAAGAUAUUGUUGAUAUGGAAUUAGAUCCAUAUUCUCAACAAGAUUUAGAUUUUGUUAAGGAAUUUGUAUUGUUAUAUUGGGGCGCUAUUGUUGAUGAAGUGGAAAUUGGCAUUGGACUUAAUAGUAUUUGUUGUUAG